AAGUACUCGUGUACGUGUAUUUGUUUAUUAGGUGGUGUUGAUUUUGGAUAAAUAUGUCUGCUUGACUUUUAGUCCCCUGUUUUUGUUUAAUCAGUGUUUAUAUUUAUAUUUUUCUUAUCUAUGACUUUAAAGGUUGAUAGACCGUGUCUUAUUAUUGAAUUUAGUAUAUUCUGUCUUGUGUUGGUUAUGGUGUCCUGCGAUUUGAACUAGCUGCACCGAUGUGGCUCAACGGAGUGAGCUUGUUUCGUGAGGACUGAGGCAGAGUCCCGUCUCUGAAACGCUUUCAUUAGAAAUAUGGCAAUGGAUAAUGUUAAGAAGGUCAGUCAUUGCAUUAAUAUAGCAUCGUCACGAACGUUUAAACGUUACGAGAAGGAACGCCUACUCGAAGAGGCCGACAGUGAACAUGAAUCUGCAGAAGGCGAUGAAGAAGAAAUUGACGAUGAUCUUGACCCCUUUGUACGGCAUUUUAACUAUGAUUUAGAAGAGAAUUUGCUUGAGGCUGUAUCCACAUUACCUAAAACUGUAGAUAAACAUCAACAGCAUUGGCCAAUUCUUGGUCAAUUUACUGUUCACAUACCAAAGGCAAAAACUAAAACUCUUGUGUCAAUUCCAAAAGUAACUAUUGAAGAGAAAAGGAAGUUUGCAAAAACAGGAACAGUUCCACAGAGAAUCACUAGUGUCUGUUUUACCCAAUUACAUGUCAAAUCACAAAUUCAAAAUAAUAUCACCAAAGCAAAUUUUACAAAUCUACAUGAGAUCCACACCGAAAAUAUGGAUCCUCUUACUCCCCUUCAAAAGGAACUAUUUUCUAUUAUAAACAAUUAUCAGGAUUUGUACUAUCCAGAAAGAACUCUGAAAAAUGGAGAGGAGAUAAGAUUUACAUAUUGUCUUCAUUCAAUUAAUCAUAUUUUGAAAACACGAACUAAGAUCCUUCAUCAUAACAACAAAUUGCUGAAUAAGUAUGAAGUUCCAGAAGAAUACAGAGACCAAGGGUUGGUCCGUCCAAAAGUUAUCAUUCUAGUUCCAUUCAGAGAAGCUGCAUUAAGAGUGGUGAAAAUGAUGAUGGAGAUCAUUCUACCAGAUGAAAAGGCCAAUGUUAUGAAUAAAAGAAGGUUUUUUGAUGAAUUCACCGGAAAUGAAAUUGCAAUGCCAAAGAAAAAGCCUCGUCCUGAAGACUAUGAAGAAACUUUUGUAGGCAAUACUGAUGACACUUUCCGAAUUGGAAUUACAGUCACUAAAAAAAGCAUCAGGUUGUAUGCUGAUUUCUACUCUGCUGAUAUAAUUGUAGCCUCACCACUUGGACUGCGGGUUAUUGUGGGUGCUGAGGGUGAAGAAGGUCGAGAUUUUGACUUCCUUGCAUCAGUAGAAUUACUUGUACUAGAUCAAGCGGACAUAUUUCUCAUGCAGAAUUGGGAUCACUUACUUCACAUACUGGAUCACUUCCAUCUGCAACCUCGAGAAGCCCAUGGCAUCAACUUUUCCCGUGUCCGCUCAUGGGCUUUGAAUGGUUGGAGUCGAUAUUACAGACAGACUCUUCUGUUCUCUUCUGUGAUACUUCCAGAGUUGAAUGCUCUUAUGAGCAAAAAAUGUCACAAUUAUGCUGGAAAAAUUUGUGUAGCAAACCCUGAGCUGACAGGCACCAUAUGCCAUGUGGUGGUCCAGCUGCCACAGGUUUUCCACAGGUUUGAUGUGCCAUCAGUAGUGCAGAUUGCAGAUGACAGGUUUGAGUUCUUCAUUAAGAAGAUCCUGCCGCAAUAUAAAAAUACAGUUAUGAGUCAUGUUCUUAUUUACAUUCCUUCAUACUUUGAUUAUGUACGGCUGAGAAAUUACUUCCGAAGAGAAGGCUUGAACUUUGUGCAAAUAUGCGAAUAUUCAAAGGAGGGCAAGAUAGCCAGGGCAAGAGAUAUGUUCUUCCAUGCUGAAGCCCACUUCCUGCUUUAUAGUGAGAGAUUUCACUUCUUCAGACGUCCCUCCAUCAAAGGAAUCUUACACAUUCUGUUCUACCAGCCACCAACAUUUCCACAUUUUUACAGUGAGAUGUGCAACUUGAUUCGGGACACAAAUCAAAACCAAAACACUGGUGAUGAAAGCAACAUGACUGUAACAGUGCUGUAUUCCAAGUACGAUGUUCAUCGGUUGGCUGCUAUUGUAGGAACUGAUCGUGCUGCUCGAAUGGUCAGUUCUGAAAGAAAUGUACAUAUGUUCAUGACUGGGGAAUAAACACAUGAACCAAAAAAUUUUUUCCUUGCAUCUGGAAUGAAAUGACCUGAGGCUGCAACCUCUGGAGUGUCAGAAUUGUAACUCAGAUCCAGUAUGAAACCAGAGGUUCAUCACAGUAAAAAUUGCAAAAAUGUACCAAUUAGCUUUAUUUGUUUUGUCUGCCUAUUGGCAUGUAACACUUAAAGAACUGCUGAUCAAAUUUUCAUGAAAUCUGAUAUUAUGAAGCUUUAUGAAACUUGGUCACCAAUACAAUUUUUGGGAACAAUAGUGGAUUCUUUUACAUGAAGAUCUACACAUGUUUUUUGCAUGUUUCUUGAAUGUUAAUUCCCAAAAUAUUUGUUACAACAAAGAAUGUUUCAGACAGAAGUUGCAGAGAGACAUGAAACUACUUUUUGCUCAAGUGCAUGUUGUCAGUAUGUGUUGUAGUUUUCAUAAUAAUUAUAUGGAAUGAACACACCAGUAUUGCUAUACAUACUUUUCCUACUGUGUCUUAAGAUAAUCCAUGUAGUUUCCCCAACUGGUCUUCUUACAGUAGAUUAAGUUCUAAGCAGUUUUAGUUCCUGCUGUAUGCCUUGCCCACUUUAUCCAGCUUGGCCUCAACACUCCAGAGACAUCUGCAUACACUUUGAACCACCUACAUAACUCUCAGCAACACAUAUUCUGAGACAUCUUCACAUAGUAUACACAAAAACUUAGAAGACACCUACACGGAGUUUGGGGGACACAGAGUUUGUGAAUGAUUCAUACCCUUUGGUACACCUAUGUGAGUGUCCCAUUUAUCUUAAGCAUAUGAAAUAAUUCUUCUAUUUAUUAUUGAAUAAAAUGUUUCAAAUAAUGGUUCUUUGGUUUUGAGGGCAACACAUAAUACUGUAUACAGUUUAUAACAUUUUUUAUGACAUAUCAAAGUUACUGGUACUUUUCUAAAUCUUUUCUGUGAUAAAUUCAAAACUUACCACAAAGCACUAUUCUCAUUAUAAUAGUAUUAUGAGCUACCCCCUAUUCAGUACCCCAUGCGUGUUCCUAUUUUCUCCAUUAUAAUAUAAAUAUUGUAUAUUCAGUUAUGAAACUUUCGUUAAUGAGAUGAGAGAAAUAAAGCUAAUGACCAAACGUACAAUAUACAUUAAACUGUACACAGAGCAAUUAAAUGCCUGACAUAAUAUCUACAUCAAACCAUAUUGAUGGGUUAAGAUUCACCCUUGUAAGUUGUGAAAAUAUAGUUCUCUAUUUGAAUGGGUUUCCAGCCAACAGCACAACCCCCAAUCUGAAGCGCAAAGGCCUUUGUGUCAUGAUUUCUAUCUUGAUUAUAUUUAUUAAACUGAAUAAUUAUGGAAGCAACAGAAGGUUUACUACUAGAAUUUCCAUCAGCUUUAUUCACCGAUAUGAUACACAGGAGAUGGAUGCUGUACUAUGUAACCUGUAGUAUGGGGCACAUGGGUCCACAUGUAAUAAUAUUUGCACGCAAACAUUUCAUAUUCUGUUUAGUUCUCUUUAUACUCUGAGAUUACUUGUAGGAUGUGACUCUGUGUAGCCUGGUAGGGAAGUGCAGAAAUUUUGGAGGAGCCUAUCUACCAUACUACAUGGUAUCACAUCCUAGAACGCAUUAAGCUGACCAGUGCCCAUCAGAGCAUAGAUAUGAUUAAAGAUUUUUAGAACUGAAUUAUUGGGUGCAUCACCUUAAGUGGUAUCUGAUAGCCAAAUUAAAUACUAUUUAUCAGAAAAAAAUAAUCUGAAAUGGUACUAAAGAAUCAAGAAUAGAAAGUGUUCUGCGCACAUACACACACAUGUACAAUUUUGUCAGAUCUGUGCCCUUCAUGAAUAUGUAGAGCAUAAAGCAUAUAUUUUUCCUAAAAAUAUAUUUUCUUAAAGGGCCUUGAAUUGUGGGUUUCUUAAUACACAUUUUCAUCUCUGAUUUUUGGACAGAAGGUAUCUGGAUUUAGUGUACUGCUUUAAUGGUGAAACCUUUUUCUUAAUCACAAAAUGAGGUCUUUGAUAUAUAUUGCACACUUUAUGUUCACACCUGCAAAAUGGACAAAAGCUAACUUGAAACUGAUGAUGAAAAUUUAAUGGUGAUUCAUUACAACAUAUGGAACAAAAUUACAAACGUUAAACUAGAUAAAUAAAUAUCUUCCUGAAGCUGAUAAAUUAUCAACAUGUUUAAAACUUUGCUGAAGAUAACGAAAAACAACGUAACAGAUCGAAAUAUCACUGUACAUUCUAACAAGCAGAAUCAUAUUUUCUUAAAAGGCUUUGAAUUGUGGGUUUCUUAAUACACAUUUUCAUCUCUGGUUUUAGUGUACUGCUUUAAUGGUGUUGGACUACCUUUCUCUUAAUCACAAAAUGAGGUUGUCCAUCUAUAUUGCACACUUUGUGUUCACACUUGCAAAAUGGACAAUUGCUAACUUGAAACUGAUGAUGAAAAUUUAAUGGUGAUUCAUUACAACAUAU